CGGCGGGAGAGACCCUGAAACCGGGGCCCCUUCCCUUCCCCCGGUUGUGCGCCCACGUACCGCAGGGCGGCCGGGCAGCGGGCUGGCACGGGGGUCUGAGCGAGCCCUGAGGCACGGCACCACGCAGCAUGGCUCGUGCGUCGGAGGCCGUGUCACGACACCGCACGAUACGGCUCGCGUGUCGGAGGCCAUACCGCCAAAUGCAGUUUGUUCCUCGUGCAUGCGAACGCGCAGCCUCACCCUGAGGCACGCUGCGCUUCGCAGGCUCCUCACAUUCAGCGAACGAUGUACUUCUACCCCAGCGGCCCAGCAGGCAUCCUUCCCUUCAGCCUAAAGCGGCUGCCUCUGUUCUCUCCGGACAGGCGUGGAUGGAUUCCUUGUUGUGCCUCCUCCUUUCUUCCCCGGCCCCACUAAGCUUGGCGCUGCCCCGGGUGCCUGAGCGAGUGUGCCGCCUCUCGUUUCACAGGGUAAACGGCAAAGCAAGCAGAUACUGGUGCUGGGCCUGGAUGGCGCAGGGAAGACCAGCGUUCUCCACUCGCUGGCAACUAACCAGGUGAAGCGCAGCGUGGCUCCCACCGAGGGCUUCAAUGCCAUCUGUAUCAACACCGAGGAGUCCCAGAUGGAGUUUCUGGAGAAUUCUGCUUUCCCACCCUGCUCGUUUAAGAACAUUGUAUGCUGGUGUCAGAGGAGGUCUGUGCUCGUUCAGCUUGUCCUCCAGGGACUUUUGCUCAGAGACAGAGAAGGCUGACAAACCUGAUUGUGUGAAACCGGCCCAAAGCAGAGGUGUCCCUGUUGGGGGCGGUGAAUCUCUGCGUUCAUACUGGAAGAUGUACCUGCCCCAAGUGCUGUUGCUGAUCUACGUCGUGGACUCAGCUGAUCAUGCUCGACUGCCUGUGGCGAAACAGCUGCUUCAUCAACUGAUCGAGAACAACUCCACCCUGCCAGUGGUGGUUCUGGCCAACAAGCAGGACCUCGAAGGUGCAUAUUGCAUCACAGAUAUCCACGAUGCUCUGGCACUGUCUGAUAUCGGGGACAAGAGGAAGAUGUUCUUGAUUGGUACCCACGUAGCAGAGGAUGGCUCAGAGAUCUCCUCCAGCAUGAAGGAUGCCAAGGAGCUGAUAGCAGAGCUGUUUUUGGAACUGCAGUGACAGCUCUUUUCCUUCAACGCAAUACUUGCAGCUGUGGAAGAUGAGGUGUUAGUAUAUGGUCGGUUUGCUGCAUGGCAGCUGAAAUGUAGAAGUACCUUUUCCUUGUGGGUGUGGAAUUCCUCUGAAAAUGAUGUCUAGUUGGUAAGAAAAUCUAUUUUAUAGUGUUUUUAAAAUACCUUUGGAAAAUAAUAUAUUUGUAGCCUACUUGUAGGGGAAAGUGAAACUCUCAGACAGCAGAAUUAGGGUUAUAUAUAGCUUAGGCUGAGAUGGCCUCUUGCCAGGUUGGAAUUAACCAUUGACUCUAAUGAGACAAAGUUGUAUCCAGUGAAUUUAACCUGGCCUGAUGUCUCAGGUUUAAAUUGAAUUAUGUUUACUUCAUAGGUAAUGGAUUUUACAGAACUCUGUUAGUAGAGUUGUUCUGUUAAAAAUGAGACCACCUCUUGAGAGUGUCAGAAAUUUAAAGUCCUGUAACAGAACUGCAUUUUUGACAGUGAUAAUUUUUGUUGUUGCUCUGUAGGGGCUGACUUUCAGGGGAGUGACAAAUUGGUAAUUUCUGGAAAUUGGGCUUGUUUACAGCUUCUUUAGUGGAUAAGAAAGACAAGAAAAUUAAAGCAAUAAGACAUUAAAAUUUUCUUUGCUUAUGGGGGGAAAAAAACAAAACAGUGCAAUUUAAGGUAGUGACUGAAAGCAUUUAAGUUAGGUUGGCACCAGAGGUUGGGGGAAUCCAUCAGUUUGAGUGGCUUAUUUUGGUUCAGUCCAGAUUGUGCUUGAGCAAGCAGUGUUAUGGGUGAAAAAUUUAUCACUUUUAGAAAGUGACUUCUGUUAGCACAGCAGAUGAGGAAGAUGAGUUGGAAAGGAGUGUUACUUUCUCAGUGUCAGUGUCCUUGUAAUUACACUCCAAACAUGUGAUUCAGGUUCCAGGCAGUACUGCAAAAGACACGUUUCAUAACCAAAUGUAUUAUACAAAUUUUUUUUCUAGUUUUGUCCUUUGUAACAGAUGCAUAAAUCAGAAAAUUUUACUCUUAA